GGCGUUCGUAUGGUUUCUGGGCGGAUAACGGCAUUGGGGUUUAUAAGCACGCAAACCACCGGAACAGAUGGUUUGGGGGCCUUGCAAGUGAUAAGUGCAUAUCUGGAGGUGUAAAUGUAUAUUUGCGAAAAGUGAUACCCACAACAAUAGCGAACAGAACUGAAAGUUGGAUACUUGUUUGCUGGUUUUGCUGCAACACAGGGACGACAUUUUAAAUUAUAGCAGCCGUAAAUAUUUGCUUAGACCGCUGGAGUAAGCGCUCGUUCUGGCGCUGGACCAUCUACAAAUAGUUCCUCAGGCUGGGUCGUCAUAAGGUCGAACCGCCAUCGCAGACACCAAAAAGACGCCAACGUUAUGAAAAACCACCAAAUUGAUACUCCCCAGGUGCAGUGUCUCUAGCAUUUUGUGGCAACCAAAAAAAAAGGGAAUGCGAGAAAAAACCAUAAAUGAAAGUGUAGAAUUGGAGAAAGGCAAGUGAAAUAAAUUACAUUCGGAUCGCGCGGAGCCGAGAAGUGAAAACGGAUACCAAAGUGGAUAGGGGAAAAUGAUUGGUGCAAAGCUGUUUCCGCUUCUGAUUUAUGUAUCGUCCUUGUUGGACGUGUUCGUCGUUUGCGUUUCAACGAAUGUCGACGAUUUUAUCGUGUUUAAUAGUGCUUGUUACCACGGGAGCGAUUACGUGAGUGAUAAUUUGAGCGUGAAAGAUCUGGUGGCAUCCAACGAUGUGAUAGUGAAAGCAUUUGCCGGAGAUGGCAAUUACCUUCGUCCUGAGUUGGUGGCUUCCGGAGCUAUUAGAGCGAAUAAAGAAGAAUCCGGUGGCGGCCGGGCCGCUAGUGACGAUGGGAAGGAAAAAAGUAGCGAAGGAAUUAGAUGGAGCGAUCGAAGCGCAAACAGCUCCACACAACGGAAAGCGUGGCACGGAAAUGGAGAAAAUGGAAAUGUAAGUUCCAUUAGUGUGGAAGAUUUUAUCGUGCGGCUUGAGCCGUCGAUGGUGUACAAGGGUAAUGAAGUUUUCAAGAAGUUGAAGCUGAUAAAUUGGAACCAUUUUGUGAUCAUUAAAAGCAUGGCUAGUAGCAGCAAAAAUAGUCGCUCUCGGCUUACGCAAGGGAAACUCGAACAAUUUCCCCAGGCCACGUCGUAUAGCCUAGCAGAAAAACCCGAUGCCAAGAACAAUAAGUACAGCAGCGUUAACUAUAAAUCCAAGUGCAAUAGGAGCAAACUUAUAACUAGGAGCAUAAAUAAUGGCGCGGAACUAGAGACAAGCCAUGCGAACCGUACCUACAACAAGUCGACGCUAGACAAUAAUGAUGAUAGCCUCAGUAGGAACACAUCCAGCAAUAAUACCAGUAACCAACGCCGCAACGAGGACGAUAGUGCGGCAGACGAUGCCUACCGGGACCGCCGAGCAGUGGCGAGCGUCCUUGGUGAAAUAUUGCCGACCGAGUUAAUCAUCUUCGGAAGAUUAGAUGGCAGAAGCAAUCUGCAAGUUGAUCUGCUUAGUGGCUUGCUGCUCUGGAGUAAGGAGCUGGAAAGUUCGAUAUGGAAGGAGAUGGGAUGGAGCGACUGGAGCGAGUACACCGCGUGCAGCGUGUCCUGCGGCAAAGGGGUUCAGCAGCGUUUUCGGCAUUGUUUGAACAGACCAGAACCAGAACCAGCAGAGCCGAGCACACCUAGGGCCAGCGAAAGGAUGUCAUCCACGCAAACUGCACCGUUCCGGCACAAGCCGAAUGUAAAUAUUGAGCAUCCCAGCAGGAAGGAUGAUAUGAUGAAUAAUGAAAAUGUAAAUCCCUCGUCACCGUUUACGACACCGCUCACGACAUCGACGCUAACUCGGGUCGGAUCAGUGGUGGGGGAGAGCGUGCACGUUGAGCCAACGGUGGCAUUUGCUGACGACGAUUACCACGAACAGGAGAACAACGCCGUUGGUGACAACGACGACGGCGGCGGCGAGGGCACCUCGGCAGAACCUCAGGAAACGAACGAAGACACUUCAACGUCAACGACAGAUCCUCAUGCUGCAAUUGAGAGGCGUUUUAAUGAAAGUACUAAUGCAAAUAGUAGCGAAAAGAGCAUUCAUCUAGCCCACGGCAGACGUAUUCGAGAGAUUUUUCUACAACGAGAAAAGCAACACAAUGGAAGCAAACCUGGUACCCCCAUAUUUUCCCUCAACCGCUCCACGAAGAAAACUCUUGACAAAAAGCAUACAACCGCGACCACAGACCCUUUAUGCGAAGGAUAUAACAUCGAACAAAGGAACUGCAACAUGUUUGAAUGCUCAGGUUCAAUAGAUCUCCUUACGGGAAGUUUCACCCACCAGACGGCAAUGGAAGAAAUAUGGCAAAAUCGGAUAAAUUAUGAAAUAAAUCAAAUUGAAACCAACUUUACUAUUAUGAUGAAUCUCCGAUCGAAGACGCAACACCCCAAACGAAUGGACGACCCUAACGAGCAACAUCCAAACAAAAUCCUGUCGCUGCGUUCACAACUGGCCAGUAGCUCAAGUUUGUCGAUAAAUUUCGUUAACGAUGGGCACGGUGGAUUGAAAGUAGUUCAGGAAAAGUUCGGCCUUUCGGAGAUGCUGCCAGUGGAGCGGAAUUUAUUGGACGGCAAAUGGCAUUCGGUUGCCCUGAGUGGAAGGAACGGAGGAUACAUAAAUGUGUACGUCGACUGCUUAUGGGUGAACUCGUUCGUCCUCUCGAGAGGAGCUAUCGAACUGCCGCAGUAUCCGGUGAUUGAAGCAGGACGUGAUAUCGAGCUUCGACAGCUAACUUUGGUCCCCGGUGGCAGCGAACGGUUACAGUGCGCAACCGACACCAUCCCCAUCACGGACACCGAGAAUCGACAGAUGACCGAUUUUUUCGAAGGAAUACAUUAGCAUUAAUGGAGUACAAUCGUGUAUGCAGAGCGGAGAGACUAGCGCCUGGCUCCAAUGUUUCACUUGUUUGCAUCUGGUGUAAACUAUGUAUAGGCUGAUAGAUUGGUGAAGUAUGAUUUAUGACUAAUGGCAGGUGACUAGCGAUGAUCCGAUAUUUCUGUUACAGAGGAGUGUUCGCGAUUUUUCGUCAUAUCAUUUGAAUAUUUGCUCACUAUAUUGAAUCGUUUGUUAUGUCCCUAAAAAGCAUCACAAUCUUCUUGAAAACAUUACAAACCAAAUAA